AGUGAAGUGAGGGAAAGCAACACCACUUACAGCUAACUCAAGUGACAGUUUAAGUGUGGAAGAUGUCUCAAAAGGUGUUGUUCAUUAAGAUGCUGCUGGUGCAUUACGCAACCCAGAGUCUGCCAGAAAUUCAUGCAAGCUGCAAAGAAGAUGUCCCACUUAAGUGUCCAGAUGUUGAUAUUGACAGCAUGGAUUUCCUCUCAGUGACGUGGUACAAGAUGACCAACAAGGGUAAAAGUGGCAUUAUCAGGAGAGCUAAAGGUGAGGAGACCACACAGAACUACAACUUCAGUCGUCCUGCCAGGUUUGGAGAGAAACACAGUCUGUUCCUCCGCAGUGUGACACCUGAAGAUUCGGGCACCUACGAAUGUUUCAUCAGUGCAAAUGUAGGAGGUCAAAAUAAGUAUCUCAAAGUCGCUCUAACGGUUAAUGAGUGUACGACCCAGGCUGAGCUGACAACAAUGACCAAUGUGUUGAACACAACUCACUCUGACCUGCCCUGCCACAAACAAGUUGAGGACCUGCCAUUCAUGUGGAGCAUUAUAGGCUAUGUGGCAGUGGGCCUCACCAAAAUAAUUUUAUCUCUAAUCAGCAUUUGGGUUAUUCGAGCUCUUCGUGUCAGGUCUUCAAGACGGCGGCAGCAUUUGUGGUAAAGCUGACUAUCCGACCUGUUUGGAGACUUCAGUGAGAUCAGAGCACGUAAACAGACAGCCCUUUACAGUAUAUUCCAUAAAUCAGCAAUUGAAAAUGAUAUUGGUUUUUUACUUUUUUUAUUUAUUGUAUUUAACUUGUAUUCAAAGAUAGUCACUUUAGUGAACCACUAUGAGGUUAACUCAACCAAAAACGUUAAUAACUAAACAGGAACAGACAUGAGAGGAUGUAAGCCUUUUAUAGAGGAACAAAAACACCAUGCACACACUGAAACAGGUGUAAACAGCAUCUAUUGUAGAGUAUAAUAGGUGAAUUGUGAUAACUGAUAUAUUGUAACAUCAAAUGUUGACACUGAACGGGGAUUCAAACGAACUUCUGAUUUGUUAAUGGCAUUUCCACUUAGAGUUAAAAUGAACAAUUUCAGCAAAUUAUUUAUAUUUUAAUUGUGCUGUUGAUAAAUGUAAAGCAAUAUCUUCUAUAGUAGAGUUGCUGAUAACAUUCAGCAACUCUAUUAGCUUGUGGUUUUUACCCACUGCCUGUUCCUUUUUACCUCCUGUCCUAAACCAAAGAAAACACUGACACCACAGACACCACAGACACCACCUUUAUCAGAUUUAUAUUGUAGAUAUGUUAUCAUUAAAACUUAUCAUGACUCAUUCA